CGUCGCUAGUUAGUCAAUGUUUUCCAGUUCUUCGCUUCUCUCGCUAGCAGGUGACAUAAACCGAGCGCCUUUAUUCGCUUUUGGUGACGUAACUUCAUCUGGUGGAUGCUGUUUCAGUUUCUUCCGUAGUGGCACACUGUUGGGAAAGUUACAGUUCCAUCUGAGAACGCUGAAAACGAUCGAUUUUUGCACUAACCCAUCGUGAACCAGAGACGUGCGGAAGCAUCACGACACCAGCCGGACAGCCUAAGCAACAUGCAUUUAUGCGUGAUUGGAGCCGGAGUGGUCGGAUUGACCACCGCACUGGAACUGCAGCGUGAGUUUCGCAACGCCAGUGUUACCAUUCUGGCCGAUCGUUUCGAACAGGAUACAUGCAGCGAUGUGGCGGCCGGAUUAUUUCGACCCGGAACGAGCUUUUCCGGUCCGACAGAGGAAAUAACCAGGAAAUGGAUUUCUGAUGCGUAUCUCUACUGGGACGAAAUUCGCAAAACCGUCGAGUCCUCCGAGGCCGGAGUGGCGCAGCUUUCCUCGUACAUCUUCUCCAGCACGGAUCCAGCGAUUGUGAGGAAUCGAUAUAUCGAGAAAAUUCUGCCAGUGUAUCGUGCUGCAACGGAAAAUGAGCUCACUCUUUGUCCCGGAGAGUGGAAGUAUGGUUCCUUCUACACGACUGUCCUGACGGAAUGCAGACUUUUCCAACCGUGGGCAACGAAAAAAUUCCUUCGCAAUGGAGGUCGCAUUGUUACACAGAAAGUCGAAUCUUUUUCGGCAGUCACCGGCGGUCAGUACGACGUGGUUGUGAACUGUACCGGUAUGGGUGCGAAAAAGCUAUGCACCGACUUCAAACUGGUGCCAAUCCGGGGCCAGGUGAUCAAAGUGAAAGCCCCCUGGGUGAAGACGGCUUUCUACGCCGACUAUGACACCUACAUCAUUCCCGGCUUCCAGGGUGUUACGCUGGGUGGUUGUCGGAACUACGACAGCUACAACGAGAAAGUGUGCAAGCACGAUUCGGCUGCCAUCCGGGAACGGUGUGAGGCACUGCUGCCCAGCUUGAAGGGGGCUCCGGUCAUCCGGGAAGCCGUUGGGUUGAGACCCCAUCGGGAUCCAGUGCGGGUGGAACCGGAACUAUUGGACCUCGCUGGUGGACGGUUGAAAGUCGUUCACAAUUAUGGACACGGAGGAUAUGGCGUGACCACGUCGCCCGGAACGGCGAUUUAUGCAACACAAUUGGUGAAGGAUAUGCUCAAGAGCAAUAGCAAGUUGUAAAAGGGUAGAAUUUGAAGAUGCAUGUUUGAUAAAAUCACAUACUGUCAGACAUAACAUUAUGAAACAUUGCAUCGUUUACUGCUACUGAUGUUUGGUCCAUGAUUUGCCCAUCAACAGAUGCCGUGUUUUGUGACGCUGCAUUUAAUAGUAAAUGUACCAUCUUUGUUUGUUUGGAUAUUAUAUUACUGUAUAGUAUAAUUGUAAAUAUAAAGGAUGACGCAAAAAAUCACAGACAACAUUAUAAUGUACUGCUUUUUAUUACUAUUUGGCGACUAUCAUAUCACUAUAAUUACCCCGGAUCUACACGGUUACUGAGAAGUUUUAUUUACCUUUUAUCUCUAGUCUGUUUUUCUGUAGAAUAAAUUGUUCAUAAAUUAUUUACAUUAAAUGAUAUCUCGUGAGGUGGAUGGACUACAAUACCCCUCGAUACCAUGCGUCUCCAUCCUCCAUCCCCCAUUUUUUGGACCACGUUCCUCUAAAAUGGCAUUCCACACACAAAUUGCAGAAAUAAUUCAUAUGGACAUGUUUGUGGUCAAACAAUCGUAAAUGACUUCAAUGCUUCGAAAAAAAAAUGCGAAGCGACGAACCCUUAAUUUGAAAUUAUCGAAUGCUCGUUUCUAAUAAAGGAUAACCAAACAAUUGGAAAAUAGGGUAUCGGCAGGGAAUACCAUCCGUUACUCUGUUGGAUGGAAGGAAUGUGGCUUCUAACGGAACAGGUAUGUCUGUCUUAUAAUAUUCGAGGGGACAACGCUCUUCGGCACCGAGGAGUUGGUUUCCUACUUAACGCCUUAGCGUCCAGGCGCAGGCUCCUCAAGUAGGAGCCAAUUAACAAGAUAAUAAUCUUUAUCAGACUUAGAAAACGGGUUCGGCGCCGAUGGGUCACCGAUCGCACUUUGCCCAAAUUCAGGAUAGGCUCGGAUAGCGAUUUAACACACAGCACAACUGAAAAUUUGGAACUCAUAACAGCAAAGAAGAGUAGAGCAGAGCAGUAAGUGAAGGAGAAGAAUUCAGCAUGAGCGAGAUUGCAGCAAUACCGCACAAGAGCAAACAAGGUCGAAACUCCGGAUGAAAAAAAAAACUCCAGCAGGAUGAUCGAGACUGUAAAGAGACGGGGCAACCUUACCGCGCUAAAAUCACACAAAAAUUCUGUAAUUAACUACUUACUGUUUCCGUUACCAUUACCGUUCACGUAAGGGACAUGUGCCACAGAUUGACAUGUGUAACAUAAAGGGGAACCCUACUUACGAACAAAUUUGAGGUUAUCCAGAGGUAGCACAACGAAGAGCACCUGAAUGGCGAUAUGGCAGACAACGAUUUCGGUUUGGUUACGAUACUGGGAGCACUCGGGCUGGACAUGAAUAUCCCAGCUCCGGUUCUUCGUCCUCAGUCGUUGUUUCCGCUGAAAAGCUCAAAAUAAUUGUUUUUUACAGUCAAACCUCUAUGAGACGAUGUUCUAUGACUUGAUAACGACGCAUGGAAGCAAAUUAUUCCAUUUGAAAAAAUACUUUCUGGGUUAUUGUGAAAACAGUUUUCCAAUGAUUUUAUCCUCAACAUAUUGACCAUAUGGUCUCUUUAAUAUCGAUUUCUUGAGGUUUGACUAAGUUUAACUGUAAUUAAAAAAAAAAUUGGGCUAAAAGAAAUUUUGAAAUUCCCACUAAAGGCAAAUUUCUAUACUGGUCCAGUGUUAUCCAUUUAAACUACUAACCCGAGAAAAGCUUGAUUUCAAAUCGUUAACUUGUACUAAUGUUGUGAAGUUACCGAUUUUUAUUACUUAAGUUGACGUUGUUAUGGUCCUUUUAAUUAGUUAAAAAAAUUAAAUCUACAGCAGAAAAUCAUAAUAUUAAAUCGUACACAUGUUCUGCUGUCGUUGAGAGCAAGUCCUAAUUAUGAUCUUGGUUUUCAAUUACAGAAUAAGUAAUCAGUACACUACUAAAAAUCUACACAUAUUUAUUGGCAAAAAUCCAUAGAUUUAACUUAUGAUGUAUAUCAGUGCACACAUAAUCAUUCUCCACACGAACUACUAAUAAAAUAUAUAUUCAAAUAAACUUUAUGUGUGGUCUCGAAUUAGCAAUUAUUUAAUUUAUGUGUGGUUCUAUAUCGAUUAUAUUAGGGUGGAGCUAUUGCAAAAAUUUAUAACGGCGACACAUAUAUCUUAUAUAGAUAUUUUUGGCAGUGUAUGAUGUACAGAGAAGUAAAAUCCAAAUAAAUCAUGAAAAUUAAAAUUUAAAAACAAAUUAUAAUUUCAAUUUGAUGUAAACAUGAAAAUAUGUUUUUUAUUUGCUCUCAAUAUGAUUGCUUGGGAAGUAGCUCCAGUUGGAAACAUAAACAAAUGAUGUAAAAAAAUGAUAACCUUACAGUGCAAAAAAGUUACAGUCAUAAAAUGAUGUACCUAUCAAAUAAAUAUGUAUAAGCUUUAA